GUGUGUAUAUAAAGGAAAGCAUAGAAGGGCAAAGAUUGUGUGAUUUCCCUACUCAUUACAAACAACAAACACAUGGCGGCAGAGAACAACAACGCAGCAGCCACAAUUGAUUCUCCCCUUAAGAGGCAAAGAGAAGAAGAUGAACAACCAACAAAUGGUGUCUCUCAAACUCUCUCUAAAGACCCUCUUCAACCCAUUCAUGGUUUAUCAUCUGUUAUUCCUGGCUGGUUCUCUGAAAUUAGCCCAAUGUGGCCUGGGGAGGCUCACUCCUUGAAGGUGGAAAAGAUUUUGUUUCAAGGAAAAUCUGAUUAUCAGGAUGUUAUGGUCUUCCAGUCAUCAACAUAUGGCAAGGUUCUUAUUUUGGAUGGAGUGAUUCAGCUCACAGAAAGGGAUGAGUGUGCCUACCAAGAGAUGAUCACUCAUCUUCCUCUCUGCUCUAUUCCAAACCCCAAAAAGGUUUUGGUUAUUGGUGGAGGAGAUGGGGGAGUCCUACGGGAAGUUUCACGCCAUUCUUCAGUGGAAAAGAUUGACAUUUGCGAAAUAGACAAGAUGGUUGUUGAUGUCUCCAAACAAUUUUUCCCUGAUAUAGCAGUAGGUUUUGAGGAUCCACGUGUGUCACUUCAUAUCGGCGAUGGAGUUGCAUUUUUGAAGGCAGCUACAGAAGGAACUUAUGAUGCAGUUAUAGUGGAUUCAUCUGAUCCUAUUGGUCCUGCUCAAGAGCUUUUCGAAAAGCCCUUUUUUGCGUCAGUUGCAAGGGCUCUUCGUCCAGGAGGAGUUGUGUGUACUCAAGCGGAAAGUAUAUGGCUUCAUAUGCAUAUCAUCGAGGACAUUGUAGCGAAUUGUCGCCAGAUAUUCAAAGGCUCUGUCAACUAUGCUUGGACCACGGUUCCUACGUACCCAAGUGGGAUGAUUGGUUUUAUGCUCUGCUCAACCGAAGGACCUUCCGUCGAUUUCAAGCAUCCAGUGAAUCCUAUAGAUGAGAAUGAUGGCCAGCAGGCAACAAGACCAUUGAAAUUUUACAACUCAGAGCUUCAUUCAGCCGCUUUCUGUUUGCCAUCUUUUGCUAAGAGGGCGAUUGCUUCUAAAGCUAAUUGAGAACAUUUUCAUGUGAUUGAAAGGGCACUUUUGGAUAUCGAUCGAUCCAUCCGUCAAUGAAGCGUGGAAUAAAUUAGUUCUUCAAGUUGACAUUGAAGUGUAACUUUUUAUUUCAUGAAAUGAGUUGUAGUUGAUGGAUUCAGUUCUUAGGGAACUUACCUUAAACAUUAUUCACAAUAUGGAACUUUUGUUUAAUGCGCAUAUGCAUGCUUUUUACCUAUUUGAUAUUAAAAUGUGUUCCUUA